AUGCUUUCUCUUCGCACUAUCACCCGCUCUAUCCCGCGCACUUUCUCGCGCUCCAUUGCCACUUCGGCUCUGCGCCCAGCGUUCCCCAAGCCCGCUUUCCAGCAAGCCUGGAAGCAGACCACUAAGCCCGCCUACGCUGCCUUCUCAACCUCUAGCAUUUUCAAGGCUCCUUCAUCCGAAGUCGACGUCGAGCUUCUCGCCAAGCUCGAGGAUGAGCUCAAGCACGAGAAGUCUUCCGAAAUCCCCGAAUUUGAAGAUCAACUCGAAGCCAUUGAGGAGACCAUUAAGCACGGCGAAUGGCAGGUGAAGGAUGUUGCGGGUGACCAGGAGGUUAUCCUCACCAAGAAGUUUGGCACCGAGAACAUCCGUGUCAGCUUCACUGUUGCCGAUAUCCAGAACAUCAGCGAACAGGAGGACUUUGACGACGCCUCCCUGACCGAUGAGAUGGACUUCCAGAACCAGUCCCGCGGUCAGGAUGGCGAGGCCUCCGCUGAGGAUAUCGAGCAGCCGGAGCCCAGCUUCCCUGCCCGCGUUACCAUCACCGUUGAGAAGCCCAACAACGGUGCCCUUCUGAUCCAGACCGUUGUCCAGGACGGUGUGUUCCAGAUCGAGGAGGUCUCCCACUUCGCCAACGCUGAGCUCGCUCAGUCCCUGACUGCUGAGAAGGACUGGGCCCGCCAGAGCCUCUACGCCGGUCCUCCCUUCGAGAACCUCGAUGAGGACCUUCAGGGUCUCUGGGACCGCUACCUCGAGGACCGUGGCCUCAACGCCGAGUUCGCCAAUAUGGUUCCUGACUACAUCUCCGUCAAGGAGCAGAAGGAGUACUUGCGCUGGUUGGAGACCGUCAAGAACUUCAUUGGUGCUUAAGCUAACUAUC